AUGUCUGAGAAAAUCACCCUUGAAAACCCUCCAACCAGCGUCGUCAACUUCAAUUGGGACGAGCCUUCCUCCACCUUCAAGUUGGAAAAGCACACGCCUACUGAAGACGACGUUCCAGAGGGCCAUGUGUUGGUCAGUGUCCAGUACCUCUCCAACGACCCUACCCAGAGAACGUGGAUCCGUGCUGACCAGGACCCAAAGCGUUCUUACCAUCCACCAGUGCAGAAAGGUGCCAUUGUGGAGUCUUUGGGCUUGGGUGAGGUGAUUGCUUCUAAGUCUUCCAAGUACAGCAAGGGCGAUGUGGUUGUGGGUCUUUUGGGCUGGGCCAAGCAGAUUGUCGUCCACGAACAGGCCAUUGCCAAUAAGGUCGACACUUCUUUGGGUCUCCCAUUGCCUCUUUACUUGGCUUCUUUGGGUAUGACUGGUUUGACUGCUUUCUUCGGUUUGACUGAGGUUGGCCACAUCAAGGAAGGCCAGACUGUGCUUAUUUCUGCUGCUUCUGGUGCUACCGGUUCCAUGGCUGUCCAGCUUGCCAAGCACGUCUUUAAGGCUUCUAAGGUGUUUGGUAUUGCUGGUAGCGACGACAAGUGUAAGUGGGUCGAGUCCAUUGGUGCUGACUACUGUGCCAACUACAAGGAAGAGGGCUGGAAGAAGAAGUUGUCUGAGAAGAUCGGCCCAGAUUUCGUUGAUAUCUACUUUGACAACGUCGGUGGUGAGAUCUUGGACUUCUCCUUGUCCCACGUCAAGGGCUGGGGCCGUGUUAUUGCUUGUGGUGCCAUCGCUGGUUACAACGACACCUCCAAGGCCAGAGUCAACAACUGGUUCCAGGUCAUCUCCAACAGACUCACCGUCCAGGGUUUCAUUGUGUUUGACUUCAAGGACAAGAUUCCUCAGGCCGUGCAGGCUAUCUCUGGUGCUUUGAAGGAAGGCAAGAUCAAGUCCACCGAGGGUGUCUCCUUGGAGGAUCUUUCCGACAAGCCAUUCACUGACGUGCCAAAGGUCUGGAACAGAUUGUUCACCGACGAGAAGCCUCUCGGUAAGUUGGUGACCAAGAUCGCCUAA